AUGGGUGGGACAUUGGACCUCUGCCAUCGCCCGAACGUUAGCGGUCGAGCUAUGGCAACCUCUGGUCCAUCCAAAGGCCAAGGUGGCCUCGACACAGUAGUGCUUCGCCAUGUCAGCGGCGCAUCUGCAGAGAUCUACUUGUUCGGCGCGACGCUCUGCAGCUACAAGACAUCUGACGGGGCGGAGCGGAUUUUCGUGUCCCCCGGCGCGAUCUACGACGGCAAGAAGGCGAUCCGAGGAGGGGUGCCGCUGGUCUUCCCGCAGUUCGGCCAGCCCGACAAGGCGAUGGCCCAGCACGGAGUGGCGCGCACGGCCAUGUGGACUUUGAAGUCGGUGUCGGACGGCGUCGACGCCUCUUGCGCCACGUUCUCCCUGAGCGACAACGACGACACACGCAAGGUGUGGGAUCACGCCUUCGCGCUAGAGUUCACGGUCGUUCUCUCGGCGGUGUCUUUGAAGAUGUGCUUGCGGGUGACAAACACUGGAUCAGCACCAUUCAAUUUCCAGGCAUUGCUUCACACCUACUUCAAAAUCCCCGACAUUGGCGAAUGCGCAGUCCGGGGCCUGGCAGGGCGCAGCUACUCCGACAAGGUGGACAACACCACUAAGACCGAAGGUGCACCGCACAUUGAGCUACCGUCUUUCACGGAUCGCGUCUAUUUGGGUGCCGAACCAGGUGCGAAGGACGUCUUGGUCGGAAGCAAAGCGGGUACGUGCAGCGUUGUCGCCGUGAACGAGGCCAGUGUUGUUGGGCAAGCGGUUCCUUGCGACGUGGUCGUGUGGAAUCCAUAUGAAGAGAAGUCUCCUGGCGACUUGCCGCCGCCAGCCUUCAAGGAGUUUGUCUGCGUUGAGCCAGGCAUGGUGGGAAAGUUCUAUGAGCUGGCCCCAGGUUCAUCGGCAGAGCUCUCGCAGAAGAUCAUUCCGUCCUGA